UGUUUACUCUGCUUUUAGGGCUACUUAUCUGGCAAUAUUUUUAUGUGGUGAUACAUAUUGUCUAUUCCAUUCGAGAAAGAUGUGCAUCUGAAGUUCGAAGCAUAUUUCACAAGCACAAGAUGCAAAAUCUGCCCAACUUCUGUUUUAUCUUAUCAGUAUUAUUGUUUUGAAAGUUUCUCUUGUAAACUGACAUUUCUGGAGAAGUGCUCGGCGAGCUAUAAGCAUUAUCCUGCACAGCUAUGGCGAUCGAUUUGUACUUGAUACCUAUUAGUGGACCUUGUCGUGCCAUACUGAUGACAGCAAACCACAUUGGAAUCGAUGUAAACAAGAAACACGUGGAUUUAUUCGCUGGAGAGCAAUUGAAGCCGGAGUUCGUUAAAAUUAAUCCUCUACACACUGUCCCAACGAUUGACGACAAUGGAUUUUACUUGUGGGAAGGGCGAGCCAUCCAAACAUACCUUGUGAACAAAUAUGCUCCAGACAACCCCAUUUACCCGAAAGAUCCGGAGACACGAGCUCAUGUUGACCGAAUGCUUCAUUUUGACAACGGAACAUUAUUCCCAGCGGUCAAGCAUUUUACAGCUCCACAGUGGUUACGUGGUAAACCCGCAGAACAAGACGAUUCGGAAAACUUUAUGAAGGCGAUCCACUUUCUGGAAGAGUCUUUGGGAAAAACUACGUACGUGGCAGCAAAUCAUCUCACCCUGGCUGACUUCUCUGUGAUAGGGACUCUUACUUUUACAGAGGUAGUAAAUUUCGAUUUCAGUGGCUAUCCCAGAAUAACGCAGUGGAUGCAAAAGCUGAAAAAAGAAAUCCCCAACUACUAUGAAAUAAAUGAUGUGCCAAUCCAGCAGUUCAAAAAAGAAAGAGCUCCAAGCAGAAGGAAGAAGUUCAUACAAAUUUCUUUCCACGCUUUUACUAGCAUUGCCAUGGCUAUUGACUUGUAUCAAGUUCCUCUGAGCGCGCCUUGCCGAUCCGUUAUGAUGACAGCCAAUCACCUGGGUGUCAAAUUAAACUUGAAAUACACGGAUUUGUUUGCGAAAGAACAACUGAAGCCCGAAUUUCUGAAGAUGAAUCCUCAGCACACAGUUCCAACAAUCGAUGAUAAUGGAUUUUACUUGUGGGAAAGCCGAGCAAUUUUGGCCUAUCUAGUGAACCAAUAUUCUCCAGGAAACGCAAUCUACCCUAAGGAUCCGCAGGAGAGAGCAAAGAUCGAUCGAAUGCUUUAUUUUGACAUGGGAACUCUGUAUAAAGCAGAAUUGGACUACAUGAUUCCACCCCUGCUUAGAGGUGAACCUGCAGAUCCGGAGAAAUUGGAAGCAUUCAAAAAAGCUCUAAGUUUAUUUGAAGAGUUUUUGGGGAAAACUACUUACGCUGCUACAAAUUAUAUUACGAUUGCCGACUUUUCUUUGGUUGCUAGCCUUUCGUUUGCAGCGAUUAUGAACAUCAGUUUGUCUGAAUACCCAAGAAUUACAGCAUGGAUGCAGAAAUUAGAAAAAGAAAUUCCAAAUUACCAUGAAAUAAAUAUCGCACCAAUUGAGAAAUUUAUGGAAGAAAAGAAAAAGAAGACAUAAAGAAAAAUGAAAAGAAUGCCGACAACGAAACAAACAAAUGUAAUUCAUUAAACUCUUAACUUUCAUGCAAUAAAUAAAAUUUCUUUUG